AUGUCAAGCGGCACACCGAAUCAACAAAGGCAUCCUCUUGCGAAAUCUUCCGUGCCCGACUAUGGACCUCCAAUGGCAGAGAUCAACUAUCAAAAACCUCGAUCCACUUACAAAUCACGACAUAUUUCACUGCAAUCAAGGGUGGAUUCCCUGGGGGAGAAGAGCAUGUGGGAUGAUCGAUGGUCAGGUCCAGAUAUCCCAAACACCUAUGGCAACGGACGCAACGCAUCAAACGAAUACCUAGUGAAUCCAAUGGUGUCGGAAAUAUCAGGACGCGACUCGCAGGACGAGGAGUCCCGCUUCCUACCUUCCGCGGACGGCAAAUCAGCGAUAACUCCUCCACCUCCAGAGUCAUACUCGCUGAACAUUUCCACUCUCCACGAGGUAUGUUUCGUUGGAGCGGUGAUCAUGGCGCAAUUUAUGGGGCUGGCAGGACUGGCCCAAGGAAUCGCACCCAUGAAUAUCAUUGCAGAGAGUUUGAACGUCACCAAUCCGGGUGAGAAGGCCUGGUUCGCAGCAGGCUUCUCCCUCACUGUUGGCACCUUCAUUCUCAUCUCAGGUCGGAUAGGCGAUAUUCUCGGUCAUAAGAGAGUCUUCGUUUUCGGGUACUUCUUCCUAGGAUCCUGGUCCGCAUUCGCUGGCUUCGGAGCAUAUGUUGGAAAUCAAAUCUUCUUCGAUGUGUGUCGAGCAUUCCAGGGAAUUGGAGCCGCACUUCUCGCACCUAAUGCGCUUGCCCUUCUUGGUCGAGCAUAUCCUCCGGGAAUCAAGAAGAACAUCAUGUUCUCGCUAUUCGGGGCCAUGGCUCCCUGGGGAUAUGUCGUUGGUGCAGCUUCAUCCAGUAUGUUUGCUCAAUUAGCAUGGUGGCCCUGGGCGUACUGGAGUUAUGGCAUCGCCGCAUGGGCUCUCUGCGCAUUCGCUGUGGUGGUGGUACCCGUAUCCCUUGGACACGAUGCUCAAUUCGCAGGUCGUUCAAAACCCGGCAUGGACUGGACUGGAUCCUUCCUCGGUGUUAUCGGACUCAUCCUUGUCAACGUGGCAUGGAACAACGGUCCUCUUUUCGGCUGGGACCAACCACAUGUCUACUUCAUUCUGAUCAUUGGGCUCAUCUGUCUUGUGGGAUUUGUAUGGGUUGAGGCGCAGGCCAUCUCUCCACUGCUUCCGGUCAAGGUCAUGACUAGUACAGUCACAUACACCAUGGCACUCGUUGGAAUCGGCUGGGGUUCUUUCGGUAUCUGGAUCUUCUAUACCUGGCGAUUCCUGGAGGAAAUUCGCGGAUACACGCCUCUCAGUGUUUCUGCGCAAUUCACGCCGGCUUUGAUUUGCGGUCUGCUGGCGGCUGGAGCGACGGGAUUCAUGCUCACGCACACGCCUGUGCCUUUCACUAUGAUGAUAGCUAUGGCAGCCUUCUUCCUUGGACAAUUGAUAACUGCUACCCAGCCCGUCAAACAGACGUACUGGGCGCAGAUGUUUGUUGCGAUUUUGAUCAUGCCGUUUGGCAUGGACAUGUCCUUCCCUGCAGGAACGGUCAUUUUAUCAAACCACAUGCCUCGAGAACACCAAGGCCUGGCCGCCUCACUGGUGAACACAAUGGUCAACUAUUCCAUUUCCAUCGCGCUGGGAAUCGCUGGGACAGUAGAGGUAAGUGUGAACAAUCACGGCGCCACAGAAGCAGAUCUGGUGUUGGGCAUUCGCUCUGCGUGGUGGGUGGGAGUGGCACUUGCAGGAUUCGGAGUCAUUUUAGGGGCACUAUUCUUCGGACGCACGUGGUUGAAGGAAGGGUGGAAAGUAGAGGAACAUUAG